UCAACAGAGUUGUCGGCCUCGGGUUUCCUAGCAAUUUUCUUCGAGCUCGAAAUUGGGAAACCCCCAGCUUCAUAUAUAUGCUCAAAACCCUAGCAUCUGCGGAUUCUUCGAAGGCUCUAAACCCUACCCUCCUUGCUCUUAAGCCUCGUCAAGUUUUGCUCUCGAGACCUGAUAUGGGGAAGAAGGAAGCUGGUGAGUCCGAGAGCAAAACCCUUAAUUUGAUGAAACCUGAUGAGAAAGUUCUUCUUCUCCGUUCGAUUGCUCAGUACCUCGACCGAUGCGGGUUUUCCAAAUGCUUGAAGAAAUUCCUCUCUGAAGCUGAAAUCGAGAAAAAGGAUUUGGGCAGUAGUUUACCAGAUCUAGAGGAAAUUUACUGCCAGUAUUUGAAGAGGAGUAGUCCUGAAGCUGGGGAUUCAAGCAAACAGAAGACAGAAGACAUGCAGACUUAUGGUAGAAAGGAAGAAGAAAAUGCAUCAGAUAAUCACAAGAAUGGAGAAAGGAACAACAAGAAGAAAAAGAAGGAAUCAAAGUCGGAGAACAAGAAAGAAACGGAUGUCAAGAUAGUAGAAGAACCAAAGAGUUGCGAUACUAACGCUGCUGAAGCAUCAAAAGAUGCAUAUGCUGAUGUGGAGAAGGGGCAAAAGGACAAGAAAAAGAAAAAGAAGGAAUCAAAAUCAGGGGUGACUAAGGAGAAGGUCAAAGACGGGUCAUCUGAGAACAAGACUAAGACCGAUGUUGAGAUGGGAGAGGGACAAAAAGAUAAAAAGAAGAAGAAGAAGUCUAAAGCCGGAGAGUCAGAAGCCUUAGACGAUGAUAAAACUCAAGAGGAGAAUGAGGUGGAGAAGGUAUCCAAGAAAAGAAAAAGACCAGAGAAUGAAGAAGAGAAUGAACAAAAAAUGGAUGAUAAGAUGGAUGAAGAAUCGAAGCGUAGGAAGAAGGAUGAUGACAUCGAUGUCAAUGGCGACCAGAAAACACCUGCCAAACAGCCUGAAGUUAAGGAAAAUGGGAAUCUUGAGAAUACAGGAGCAAAAUCAACAAAUCAGAAGUCAGACAAGAAUAAGCUCAAUGGCUCAAAAGAGCCGAAGAAACCGUUUCAAAGAGUGAAUGUUGAAGAAGUUGAAUUCGUCGAUGAUAGGCUUAAAGACAACUCUUAUUGGGCAAAGGAUGGUGCUGAUUCCGGCUAUGGUGCAAAAGCCCAAGAAGUUCUGGGACAAGUCAGGGGAAGGGGAUUCCGACACGAGAAGACGAAGAAGAAGCGAGGAAGCUACAGGGGAGGUCAGAUCGAUCUGGACUCUCAUUCCGUUAAGUUCAAUUACUCAGACGAAGAGUGAACACACUUUAUUAUCGUCUGAUGCGUUUGUCUCGAAAUUUUUGUCCGUAAUUCGUUCUCGGGACCGUUUGAUUCCGUUAAGUUCGUUGUUGGUCGUGGUUUUAAGACGAAAUUCAUCUGCCAAAUGCUAAUCCUGUGUUUUAUGUCUUCACGUAUCUUAUAUUCCAUUAUUUUAUUUA